UCGCUACUGGCGCGGCGCAGUAGGGAGAGGAAGAAACGGUGCGGCCAAAGGGACCAAUAAAAGAAAUAAUGGAGCGUAGUUGGCAUUUUGGCGUCACCCUCAAGAAUCUUCCUAAUCCUAAUCGCUUAUUAACGUCGAGGUUACUUGUCCGUCUAAUCAACUCAACAUUUCGUCAUCAUCCUCAUCCACCUUCGUUAGAUUUCCCCCUCAACAUUUUUUGUUUUUCUCUCCAUCCCAAUUAUCGCCACCUCCUCUUUCUUCAAAUUUCAAUCUCAGGUUAAUUAUUAAUAUUGUGGAAAUUGACAGAGGAUGGGUGGUGAGGAAUUGUGUUUGAUGGAGAACUCAGGGAAAGGGAAGAGGCUGUGGAAGAAGGUGAAGUACCAGCUGGUGGAGUACCACUCCUUGCCCGGUUAUUUGAGAGACAACGAGUACAUUCUCGGUCACUAUCGAUCCGAAUGGCCCAUCAGGCAGGUUUUGUUGAGCGCAUUCACCAUCCACAACGAAACUCUCAACGUUUGGACGCAUUUGAUCGGGUUCUUCAUAUUUCUGGCAUUGACCAUAUACACUGCCAUGAAUCUUAAUUCGCUACAGCAGUUUCCUGACAUGCUCAAGAAGGCCGACCUGCACAAAUUACAAUCAGAAAUCUUGACGUGUCUCCCUUCCAUGCCUGAUUUGCACAUACUCAGGGAGGGAAUCUCAAGUUGGCAUAUUAAAGAAUAUCUGUACAAUUGUUUGCCAGUAAGAUUUUCCAGUAGCAAUCAUACUGAUGCAUGUGUUCUGCAUAGUGUAAAAGAUGACUUGGCGAACAUAAUAGCACCACUCAUGAUUAGACCAAUUACAAGGUGGCCUUUUUUCGCAUUUUUAGGGGGUGCCAUGUUUUGCUUGCUAGCUAGCAGUAUUUGCCAUCUCCUCUCUUGUCACUCUGCACGCAUGGCAUACAUUAUGCUCAGGCUCGACUAUGCUGGAAUUGCAGCCCUGAUAUCUACCUCUUUCUAUCCUCCAGUAUAUUACUCUUUUAUGUGUUACCCAUUUUUCUGCAACCUUUACUUGGGAUUUAUCACUGUAUUGGGCAUCUCCACCAUCUUGUUUUCUCUACUCCCAGUGUUCCAAAAUCCAGAAUUCCGCACCAUCCGAGCAUCUCUCUUCUUUGGAAUGGGUUUAUCUGGCGCAGCACCUAUUCUGCACAAGCUUUAUCUAUUUUGGGGCCAGCCUGAAGUGUUUCACACGACCGGUUACGAGAUUCUGAUGGGUGUUCUCUAUGGAAUCGGAGCACUGGUUUAUGCCACUAGGAUUCCAGAACGAUGGAUGCCUGGGAAAUUUGACAUUGCCGGACACAGUCACCAAUUGUUUCAUAUAUUGGUGGUGGCUGGGGCAUACGCUCAUUAUCGGGCAGGGUUAGUUUAUCUCAGGUGGCGUGACCUUCAAGGUUGUUGAUUUGAUAUGCAUCUAUGAACGAACAGUGGUUGAAUACUCUGCUGUUAUGUAACUAGUAAGUAUGUGCUAGUAUACACUCCUCCAACUGAUGUGAAUUUGUGAUUCCGGUAGGGGAUGUUUAUGCAGCCAUAGGGAUUAUGUACGCACUUAGAACCCUUAGCACACAAGUCACUAGUCAGCAAUAAAAAUUUUAUUUGGUCUAUCGUGACAUACUAGAAACAUUUUUCUUCUGCCUGCAUGUAUCUUGUUAUUCAAGUUGUAUUAUUAGCCUUGUGUUUUGCUCUGGAAGUCGGGAUACUAUUUUGGAAGCCGAAGUGGCUUCUCAAGAUUAUAGUCCCAAGGGUUGCCCUCUCAUUCCUGCAACAAAAUUGUGUAUUUUUUAUUUUUAAUUAAAAAUCAUGUGGAUGUUAUGCAAAUUUAGCUCCAUUUCAUCAACUAUUAAAUUGAUGUAAUUUUUUUUAU